CCCGGCGGCAGCUGCGGCGGCGGUGACGGGGGCGGUGGCCGCGCGGGCCUGGAGGGACUGGGCCGGAGACUGCGCCGCCUCUGCAGAUUGGCCCUAAGAGAAAGACAGAGCAGCAGACUCUUGCAGGACCGGAGCUGGCAGAGACAAGGUUUCCAUCACCAUGGCUGCCGUGGACAGCUUCUACCUGUUGUAUAGGGAGAUUGCCAGGUCUUGCAAUUGCUAUAUGGAAGCCCUAGCUUUGGUUGGAGCCUGGUAUACGGCCAGAAAGAGCAUCACUGUUGUCUGCGACUUCUACAGCCUGGUCCGGCUGCAUUUUAUCCCUCGCUUGGUGAGCAGAGUGGAUCUGAUCAAGCAGUACGGAAGAUGGGCGGUUGUUAGUGGUGCAACCAGUGGGAUUGGAAAAGCCUAUGCUGAAGAGCUGGCAAGCCGUGGUCUCAAUAUUGUCCUGAUCAGUCGGAACAAAGAGAAGUUACAAAUUGUUGCUAAAGACAUAGCUGACACUUACAAAGUGGAAACUGACAUUAUAGUUGCAGACUUCAGCAAUGGCCGUGAGAUCUACGUCCCAAUUCGAGAAGCCCUGAAAGACAAAGACAUUGGCAUCUUAGUAAAUAAUGUAGGUGUGUUCUACCCCUACCCCCAGUACUUUACUCAGGUCUCCGAGGACAAACUCUGGGACAUCAUUAACGUAAACAUCGCCGCAGCUAGUUUGAUGGUCCAUAUAGUGUUACCAGGGAUGGUGGAGAGAAAGAAAGGCGCUAUCGUCACUGUCUCUUCCGGCUCCUGCUGCAAGCCGACUCCCCAGCUGGCCGCAUUUUCUGCUUCUAAGGCAUAUUUAGACCACUUCAGCAGAGCGUUACAAUAUGAAUAUGCUUCUAAAGGCAUCUUUGUACAGAGUCUGAUCCCGUUCUACGUAGCUACCAACAUGACUGCUCACAGCAGCUUUCUGCGCAAAUGCCGGUGGUUGGUGCCUUCACCCAAAGUAUACGCACAUCAUGCUGUUUCUACCCUUGGAAUUUCAAAAAGGACACCAGGGUACUGGUCCCAUUCCAUUCAGUUUCUUUUUGCACAGUACAUGCCUGAGUGGCUCUGGGUGUGGGGAGCAAACAUUCUCAACCGCUCAUUACGUAAGGAGGCCUUAUCCUGCAAAGCAUGAACCUGGAUCAUCAUUUAGGAAGUUUCGCCAACUUACCGGAACCUAUGGUAUUCUGACAUUUGGAAGAACAUGAUUAAUUCAUCUUAUGUAUUUUUUGUUAUUACUGGUUAUUUAGCAUACUGUUGAGUCAUUUGCAAAGCAAACACGAUGUUUUUAGAGAAUGCUGUGGGGAAAUCCUCGAGGAACACCUGAAUGUUACAGAGCAAAUAACAAUCGUCGUGUAGGAACUAAUUGGAGAAACCUAAAUUUCAAUGCAUUUUUUCCCCUAAGCUUUUCAGGAGUCGUGUGAAUCAUGCUGCUCUCUCAACCAACGCAACCUGAAAUUGAAAAAUACUUAAAAUAUGACUUGUCAGCUCUUGUAAUUUCAGAUUUUUUUUUUAAGGGAAAAUAUCUAUUUCACUAGCCGAAUGGCAGUUUUGGUUUUCAGAUGUUCAUCAGGAAAGACUUUGUAAAUGUGUGACUUUAUAACUAAGAUUGCUGGUAUUAUUAGCAGUGAAUGUAUGUGUGUGUUACGUUGCGUAGCUUUAGUUGUUUGUGUAUGAAACUGCUGCUCUUCCACUGAGAUUUCAUCAGAGGUGUGUAUGUGUGUCUAUGAGCAAUUUUAUUUAUGAGUAAAUUACUUUAAAAAAGAUUUCCUGUCAAGGUGGCUUAAUGUGGAACCUUACGGGGUAUUAAAAAUCUAGAUUAUUCCUUUUCAUACUAAACAAACCUACCCAGUCCUGUGCUGUUCAUUUGCCACGUAUAAUAUUACCUUGACGGCACUGGGUUGUUGGGUAAUACUACUUUGCACAUUCUGUUUUUCUUUUUAAUCAACCGUGACAUUAAUUUAUUCCUUGAUUUGGACAUGUACUGGGUGACUCUGAGUCACCUCUUGAUUUAUACAGAUAAUUAUUGUGGAUAAGUAGUGAUUGCUCAGCCUGCGUUCCAUCUCGUAACUGAAAUGUAGGCCUUGGUAGAGCUUGCUAUCUCUGGUUUCCAUACACUUUUCUAUGUCCUUUUCUUCCAUUCCAGUAGCGUUAUCGGUACAAACAUCAAGUAUUUGUGGAAUAGUAGUUAAAUACAUAUAAAUUAUGUCUGUGAUAAUGAUGUAUCUGUUGAGAUAAUAUGUUAGAAGCUCAUUUCUUGAUUUGUAUAAUGAAUUAAUGCUUUAUAGUGAAUCUUUUGUUGGUGUGAAGAUAAUUAGGCACAAACCCCUACAACGUGGGUUAACAUUGAAACCUACUGUGAAAUGUUUCUUUUGUUCAGGGCUUAUAAAGCCAAACAUUUUUAAGGACCGCAUAUGUAGUGCUUUGAAAACUGUAAAUCACAGUAUGAAUAUGGUAGUAUGUGCAUAUUUAAAAUUCAGAGCUGAUAUUGUGACACUGAUACAGAAGCUAGUAAAUUAGUUAAAAGUGAGAUUUAUGGAAUUGUUUUCUUGUGAGAUGAUAUAAGUAGGCCUUAGUUUGCUUUUAUGUUAUACGCACAGUUUUGUCAGUGACAUUGGCUACAGUAUUUCCACCCAUGACUUGGACUCAGAAGAGCAGUGGUUAAGUCCAGAAGUUCAUCCACUGAUAGACCAUGUCUUGAUAACAGAAGAGGAUAAAAUGUGGAAAAUUACAAACUGGAGAUUCUAUGUAACACUGAAUGUUUUGAUGGAGUUUCCUUGGAAGCCUUUAUUUUGUCACAUUUGGCGUUUUCCCUCACCUACAAUUAAUUUAUGGUCAUUAAGGCUAGAAAAAAUUUAACCUCAUGCCACAUUGACCUGAACUCUAAUCGAUGUGUGUGAGACGAAGCUGCAACUUUAUGUAAAAAUAUCGUCCGAGAAUUAUAAGUAAACUUAUGUGGUGCCGUGAUGUCUUAUAUUUAUAAAUGAGGUCGUGAAUCAUUGUCAUGUGAUGAGACUAAGUAAACCAUGUCCGUGAUGUUUUUGAACUCUCUAUUUAGCAGGAUAUAGGUAGAUGUGCCGAUUGGUACAAAUGUGGUGGAAGCUUGUCCUUCGCUUUAGUGAAAGAUCAGAACUGAGACUCUUCCUUAGGUUUUCUAUCCUUCAUGAAGUACUUUUUUCCUUUUUUGCCUCCAGAGCUCAUUUGAGAGUCUUAGUUGCAGCAUGGUUUGUGGAUGGGGUUUCCUACUGAGAAUGUGGGAAAUAAGAACCUUUGAAACUUAAUCUGUAAACUGAGAAUUUAAAAAUAAAAGCAGUUGCUGUUGCUUCUUUUGGAAGAGGCUUUGGUCCAAA